GGUUCAAACUUGAAAUUAAGGCAUUCAUGAUUAUAUUUUCAAUUGUUUUCUCUCUCUCUUGAUAACACCGAGUGUCAGUCGCUAGUCACAUCUUAAUCCCCAAACUGAACCCACCCCUCUUCGUCCGGUUCACUAGCGUUCGAUUCGUUUCUAUCUCUCUCUCUCUCUGUCAUGGGUUCGCUCGAGGCACCAACCGCCGCGGAAAACGGCUCCGCUCCCGCCGCCGGCAACGGAAAAUCCCACUCCAUCAACGGCGCGGAGGCGGCGCCGGAGCCCGACGCGUCGAAGCGGCGCAGAUCGUCGGUGCUCCCGUUGGAGGUGGGUACGCGCGUCAUGUGCCGUUGGAGGGACAACAAGUACCACCCCGUCAAAGUCAUCGAACGCCGCAAGGUUCCCAACGCCAUCCCCAACGAUUACGAGUAUUACGUCCAUUACACCGAGUUCAAUAGGAGGCUUGAUGAGUGGGUGAAGCUUGACCAGUUGGAUCUUAAUUCAGUGGAGGCUGUUGUUGAUGAGAAAGUGGAGGACAAGGGUGCGACAGGGUUGAAGAUGACACGCCACCAAAAGAGGAAGAUUGACGAGACACAUGUAGAGGGACAUGAGGAGCUUGAUGCUGCCAGUUUGCGAGAACAUGAGGAAUUUACAAAAGUGAAAAAUAUAGCUACUAUUGAGCUUGGAAGAUAUGAGAUUGAGACUUGGUACUUCUCCCCAUUCCCACCAGAAUACAAUGACUGUUUGAAGCUGUACUUUUGUGAGUUUUGCCUCAAUUUCAUGAAGCGCAAAGAACAGCUUCAGAGGCAUAUGAGGAAAUGUGAUCUUAAGCAUCCCCCAGGUGAUGAGAUAUACAGAAGUGGUACACUGUCAAUGUUUGAGGUCGAUGGCAAAAAGAACAAGGUUUAUGGGCAGAACCUUUGUUAUUUGGCCAAGUUAUUUCUUGAUCACAAGACCCUCUAUUAUGAUGUAGACCUGUUUCUGUUCUAUGUUUUGUGUGAAUGUGAUGAUCGAGGAUGUCACAUGGUUGGCUAUUUCUCCAAGGAAAAACAUUCUGAGGAAUCUUACAAUUUGGCAUGUAUCCUCACCCUACCACCUUACCAAAGGAAAGGCUAUGGCAAAUUUCUAAUUGCAUUCUCAUAUGAACUGUCCAAAAAGGAGGGCAAAGUUGGCACACCUGAAAGACCCCUUUCGGACCUUGGACUGCUAAGCUACAGAGGAUAUUGGACCAGGGUUCUCUUAGACAUUCUGAAGAAGCACAAGGGAAACAUUUCUAUCAAGGAACUGAGUGAUAUGACUGCCAUUAAAGCUGAAGACAUAUUAACCACUCUUCAGAGCCUAGAAUUGAUUCAAUACAGGAAAGGCCAGCAUGUUAUUUGUGCAGAUCCCAAAGUGUUGGAUCGCCAUCUUAAAGCUGCUGGCAGGGGUGGCCUCGAAGUUGAUGUUAGCAAAUUGAUCUGGACUCCUUAUAAAGAACAAAGUUGAUAAUCAAAUAUUCAUCAAAGAAAUACUAUCAUGAUGUAACUUGUUCUUUUGUGUAUAAAGUAUAUAGGCUAGGUAUCUUAGACAAAUCCUUUGAUGUAUUAGUAUUAACUAAUAAGAUUCAAUACAUUUUAGAUGAGAAUAGGAACACAACUGAUUGUUUUAUGUGCUGAACCGUAGCCUUAGGUAUAUGUUUAGAUUGUGUCUUCGUUUCUAAUGAUGAAUGCCAGAGGGAAACAUUUUGUUUAUCUGUGGCUAUGUAUGUUAAUCCUGAGAUUGGCGGUUGCUUGA